AAUUCUAGUUUCUAGCAAAAUCACGUCGUAGUGCAGGUCAUUGGUGAGGCAUGCCUAGUAAAUAAACGACUUAAUCUAAUCGCACUGUGAAAAAAUUGAGGAAUAUUUUUGUUUGCAGGUAAACUAAUCUCUCUCACAGGAACAAUGAAGAUUGUAUUGUUUGUGUUGUUUGUGGCUUUCUCAUCUUCACGACAAGAUAUCCAGCUGCAGACCAGUCCGAUAGUCCGCAGCUCCCUGGGUGAAAGAGUUUUGCUUCCGUGUCGGAUCGUUGGAGGGCACUCGGCCCCAGCGCUGACCGUUGUGUGGACCAAAGACCAGGGCGUGGCCGUGUACCCCCACCGAGCUGGCGAGGAGGGUGCGGCUGCAGGCUUCCGAAGGAGGACGAGCCUGGACCAAUCGCAGCUGGCCGCUGGAGACGUGAGCCUGCUGCUGUCGAACAGCUCCGCCGGGGACGAGGGGAACUACACCUGCCAGGUGGAGAGGGCCUCGGGCAGGGUGGAGCUCAGACUUGGCCGCCUGGGCUCCCGCCCCCGGUUGCUGGUGGACAGGUUUAGGUCAGGCCGUUCGCUGUCCCUGUCCUGCGUGUCCCGGGGCUGGUACCCCGUCCCUGUCGUCUCCUGGAUGCGCAGCGAUGGACAGGCUCUGGCGGGGGCGCCGCUGGACGCUGCGGAUCGGGGGAGCUCCGUGCUGACGGACGUUAGGGACGGCGUGACGCUAACUGUGCGGGACGGGUUAAAUGUCACCUGCGCCGUGCUGAACCCUGUCCUGCGGGCCCAGUCUGAGGAAGUGCUGACAAUCACAGGUGACUUUCCGCCGGACGCGUCUCGUUGGCUGCUCGCUUUCUGGGCGGUUUCCCCGCUGGUUGCCAUGGCAGCCGGAAUUAUGGGCUACUUCUUCAAGCGCAAGAGAGAUUCCAUCAAAGACGCAGAGCGGCGAGCUCGGGAAGCUGAGUGUGAGCCUCUUAUGAACGAGGAUGAUUUUGCAGAGCUAAAGAAAGAACUGUCUGGAGCCCGAGCGGUCAACAGUUCAGAAUGGAAAAGAGUUCUGAGCAAAAGAAAAAAAAUCUUCCUCUUGACACCAGGCUCCGUAGGACCAGAGCUCUCCUCAGGAAGCCACUACUGGGAGGUGCCCCUGAGGGACCCCAGCGAGUGGAGGGUGGGAGUGAAGAAGAAGGAGGCAGUGUUGGGUAGGGACUCCUUCCCUGAGAUGGGGGUAUGGUCCCUCUCCUGCAGCCCUGGCAAAGGAUACCGUGCCUGGCUCCACCCCCCUUUUCCCAUCACCCCCAGCAGUCAACCUAAACGUGUGGGCAUCUUGCUGGACUUCAGUGAAGGGCAGCUAACCCUGUACGACUCUGGAACCAGACCUGCACAAAGACUAUACACCUUUAAGGCUGUCUUUCCCUCUCCAGUCCUGCCUUUCUAUGAGUGAACUGUGGUGGUGGAGGAGAGGGGGUUGUAUUCAGCCUCAGCUGUGAAGCCUUGUCUUAAACUUUGUGCAAUUCAUUUGAAUUAAUUUUAUUUUUAUUUUUAUUUUUUUACUGGCAACUCACCUAAAAUGGAUCAGAGCUGAAGUGGCAGCAGUACAAAACGGCGAACGCUUGUACGUUACACGCAGACGUGUAGUGUUGACUUUACUGUGUACAGUGUUGUGCUCCACUGUGCUGAGGUAAAUAACCUGUGCCGGAUUUGGAAGUGCCUUCGCCUGGGCCCAACUGAAAACCACGCGCCCCUGUGCCAUUUAGGAGAGCCUGAAUUUCUGCCCUUCUCUCUCUCUCUUUUGUUAUCCUUUGCAGUGCUGAAAGAUAUUCAUAUUUGUUUUUAUGCCAGCUUAAAUAAAAUAUUGUGUUAAACUCUGUGAAUAAAAAUGUGAAUAU